AUGAAAGGCAUAAUUCCAUUCUUAAAAUUUUUACUCAUAAUUGUUGUAGCAGUUCAACAUGUGCUACUAUCGCUCAACAUCAGCUCCAACAGAAUCUUGCUAUCAUUAAUAGACGGAAUGUUAAUAAUUAUUUUAAUUUAUUUUCUUAUUAGAUCCAUAAAUAAUAUUCAAAUGUACAUAAUAUAUAUAUACAGCAUUGUAACAAAGAUAACAAUCAUAUUUUUUGCGUCCUUUCCAAAAUAUAUAAAUAGUAAAAAAGAAGAAGAUGUAACUGCUUCAAUAUAUUAUGAACAGUUUUCACGUAAAGUGGAGAUAGUGACAAUAGCUAUAUUAGUUACUAUUGUUGUUUAUAUCCUUUUAUUUUAUAUAACAAAUUAUAGCUUGUUAAAUAUACAUACAAUAAGUAUAGAAAACAUUUUAUUUUUUCUUAUUAUUACACAUGUGUCUAUAGACUUUUUAGAUGUAUCUGAUUUUUUCUGUUCUUCGUAUUUUUAUUUUUACCUAUAUUAUUUCAGACUAAAAGAGGAGUCUACUUUAUUUAAGGAUACUAAUUCGUUUGCAUACUCUUCUAUAGACUACAGUACCAUAGUAAACUUUUACAGUAUUUCAGUUAAUGCAUAUGAAGUCAUUUUCAUUCUUUUCGGAGUCGUAAUCUCUUUGAAUAUAUCUCUGCAUGCAUACUCGUUGCCUAACUACUCGUACGAAGCAACAUGGGGGAAAGGCGCAAAAGGGGUUGAUGUAACACGGGCAGAAGUGAAACCGUCGGUGGGGCAAACAUUAGAACAGGAAAAGAAAAAAAGUAAAGCGGAAAGGGGAUGGAACAAUAAUAUGUGGUAUAAUGAAGAUAAGGAAGACGGAAGCAAUGGAGAAGAAGAGAAAUUCAAAGAUAAAAUGGUACAACUUAACGAUGAAAAUAGAAGCCUUUUAAAGAGUCACUCCACUACAAAUAACAUGUACACCUUUCCAUCGUAUCAGUUAAACUCGAAAGAUAAGCAGCUAAGUUUGGCUAAAAGUUUCUACAAGGAUGACAAACUAACACAGGGAGGGGGAAGCCUCGAUAGGUCUUACAAGUCGAUUAGAGCCUCUACUAGUAAAGGAAAAGUAACUCAUCUGAGUGUAACAAAUUACAACUAUUAUAUAAAUGAGGCAAGAAAAACAAAAUAUCAUUCGAAGGUGGGGGGGGAUGCUAUGUCAUGCCUCAAAUACAUUAGUAUAUACAGCUUCAUAUUCACAGAUCUGAUUUUUCUAGUUGCCAGACUCUUCAAUUCUUUUGUCUUUUCGGUUGGAUCAUCGUCCUCCUUUUUUGUGAUUAAAAAUGUCUGCUUUAUCAUAAUUCACGGUUCGCGCAUAUACAGAAAGUCGAAAUUUCUUAACUGUAGAAGAAGUAAGAAAAGGAAAGAAAGAAGAGAGGAAUUAACAAAAAAAAAGGAAAUGGGAGUUAACCAAAGUGAGAAAGAAGAACGAAAAGGGAACUACAAAGACUCAUAUGAAAAGGAAAAAAUACAAGAUAUAGAAGAUAAUCAAAAGGAAGGAAUAAACAGCCUUUUCAGAAGCCGCAGGAGCAGUGCUCAUUUAAAAGAGAGCUACUUCAAUUUAGAAUUAAUAAGUAAAAGCAUUUUUUCGAGUGAAAUAAAAAAUUUUGACGAAAUUAAAUAUAUGGAUUAUAAAAGAGUUACCAGUCUAAAUUACGAAAAAAUAAAAGCAUACUUCUUCAUUUUAUAUUUUAAAUAUAAAGGAAUUAACAUAAAAAAAUAUGCAUCCUGUUAUGUUGACAAUAUAGAACAAAAUUCUUCUAAAUUCUUUAUCAUAUUUCUAUUCUUCUUCUUAUUAAUAUCUUUGAAAAUAACAAUUCUUGUAAUCACAUACACGUUUAAUAUUGAAGACGAAUUUAAAAAAAGCCUUUACCAGUUAACAUUUCUAUACAAUUUGACAGCAUUAAAAUCAUGUUUUAUACUUAAGAUUUACUUUCUUAUUAUUAUUUCUUAUGUUGUGUCUUCCUUCUUUGUAUAUAGUUUCAUAUGUUCCAUUUUUGAUGCCUUCUUCAUGUCUUUCUUGUAUUUCUUCAAUUUGGUUUCCUACUCUUUUAUUCUUAUCAUAAUAUCACAGUACAACCCGUCCUACGAUAUAUUUAGCUAUUUCAACAGGAGUAAGAAUUUUCCCAUUGUUCUCUGUGUCUUUGUCUACCUGGUGUACCUUUUCCUGAACGACACGUACAUGUUCAUCUACAUGCUGCUCGGACGCAAGUACAUAACAUACAAGUAUAGGAUAAACACGAAGAAGAGAAAAAGAGACCUAGAAAAUACCAACAUUCAGAGGGAGGAAGUAUACGUAUCAGUAUCAGUCAUAUCCUCGUUAGUAGUUAAACUAAUCAAAUAUAUGAAGGGACCACUUAUAUUAAAUAAGCUAAUAAUUGGAAACAACUUCAUAAAGAACACAAGACUAGACAACUAUUUGUUUUUUUGUCAUUUUAAAGAAAUAACUGUUAAACUUAUAAUUUAUUUUUCAUGCUCUUUUUUAUUACCUAGAUAUAAUAUUAUAAAAUUUUCUUUUAUUCUGCAAAUUUUUAUAAUAGACAUAUUUGUAGCUAUUCUAUAUUUAAUAUUGUCAAAAGUGUACAGGAAUACUGUUAUGGAUUGUGUCUUCGCCCAGGCAGCCUUCACUUGCUUGAAUAGAGGCGAAGAUAAUACCUUUGAUUACCCAGAUUAUAACAAGAGUGAAUAUGGGGCAUAUUCCUAUGACUACUUUGUUCUCUUUGAUAACAGUUUGAAUUAUUUUUGA